AUGGGACAGACUGUGACGACACCUCUUAGCUUGACUCUUGACCAUUGGACUGAAGUUAAAGCUAGGGGACACAAUCUAUCUGUAGAAAUUAAAAAGAGACUCUGGCGAACCCUCUGCACUUCCGAGUGGCCCGCUUUUGAUGUCGGAUGGCCACCGGAGGGUGUGUUUGACUUAGAAAUUAUUUUGGCUGUGAAAGAUGUUGUUUUUCAGAUUGGACCAGGUUCUCAUCCUAAUCACCAGCCAUACAUUACUAUAUGGCAAGAUCUGGUCGAUAAUCCUCCCCCUUGGGUCAAGCCCUGGGUGAGGAGACCUCGAAGGCCAGGCUCCAGAGUCCUGGCCCUCAAAGAAGAAGACGAGAAGAAGAAGCCUUUGGCCCAGCAGGCUGAGACCAAGGAAAAAAGUGAACCUCUUCCCUCUGUCCCCCGUAUCUACCCUGAAAUCCCUGAACCCCCAGCCUGGCCAGAACCUUUUCCCUUUCCUCCAUAUCCCCAACCCCUGGCUGUUCCUGCAGGUGAGGUGGGACCCUCUGCACCCCUAGACGGAGCCGUGGGAGGGGGCCCAGCUACUGGAACCAGAAGCCGGAGAGGAGUCUCACCAGAAGGGCCUGAUUCAACUGUGGCGCUUUCACUCAGAGCUUUUGGUCCCCCUGUCCCAGCUCCUACCCUACAGCCCCUGCAGUAUUGGCCAUUUUCCUCAUCUGAUCUCUAUAACUGGAAGACUAACCAUCCCUCUUUUUCAGAUAACCCAGCCAGUCUAACCGGGUUGGUCGAGUCUCUUAUGUUUUCUCAUCAGCCCACCUGGGAUGACUGCCAACAGCUGCUCCACACCCUCUUUACUACAGAAGAGAGGGAAAGAAUUCUUCUAGAGGCUAGAAAAAAUGUUCCUGGAGAUGAUGGGACUCCCACACAGCUCCCCAACCAGAUAGAUGCGGGCUUCCCGCUCACUCGACCUGAUUGGGAUUACAACACUGCUGCAGGUAGGGAGAGGUUGACUGUCUACUGCCGUGCUCUUGUAACAGGUCUCAAGGGGGCUUCCAGAAAGCCCACCAAUUUGGCCAAGGUAAGAGAAAUAAUGCAAAGACCCACUGAACCCCCCUCAGUUUUCCUGGAGCGCCUCAUGGAGGCAUUCAGGAGAUAUACCCCGUUUGACCCGACCUCGGAUGGACAGAAAGCAGCAAUAGCUAUGGCCUUCAUAGGCCAGUCAGCACCUGACAUUAAGAAGAAGUUGCAGAGACUUGAGGGGUUGCAGGAUUUUACCCUGCAGGAUCUGGUAAAAGAGGCAGAGAAAAUAUAUCAUAAAAGAGAGACUGAGGAAGAAAAGGAGCAGAGAAAAGAGAGAGAGAGAGACGAGAGAGAAGAAAGGAGAGACAGAAAGCAAGAAAGGAAUUUGACUAAGAUCUUGGCCACAGUAGUAGGGGACAGGAGUAGAGACAGGCCUAGGCAGUCAGGAAACCUGGGCAACAGAGGGUCAGCUAGACCUGCCGGCCGAGGACCAAUAGAGAAAGAUCAAUGCGCCUACUGCAAGGAAAAAGGCCAUUGGGUCAGAGAAUGUCCUAAGAAGAAAACCAGGACCCACAAAGUUUUGGCCUUUGCAGAAGAAGAUAAUUAGGGGUACCAGGGCUCAGAUCCCCUCCCUGAGCCUAGGGUUACGCUGAGAGUGGAGGGGCAGCCAGUGGAUUUUCUGGUCGACACAGGAGCCCAACAUUCAGUGCUCUUACAACCACUGGGAAAAAUUAAAAACAGGAAAUCAUGGGUAUUAGGAGCAACUGGGCAAAGACAAUAUCCAUGGACUACUCAAAGAUCUGUGGAUCUGGGCAUGGGCCUAGUAUCCCACUCGUUUCUAGUGAUUCCAGACUGUCCAAUGCCCCUCUUGGGGAGAGACCUGUUGACCAAGAUGGGGGCCCAAAUCACCUUUACCCCCACAGGACCAAAAGUAACUGCAAAAAAGAGAGAUCCUAUGGUAAUACUUACAGUGAACCUAGAUAAUGAAUAUCGGUUGUUUGCACAGACAGGAAUUAGACACGAAGACAUGCAGGAAUGGCAGACUAGGUUUCCCCAAGCCUGGGCUGAGACAGGUGGAGUGGGGCUUGCUCAACAGAUGCCCCCCAUAGUGGUGGAAUUAAAAGCUGGUGCAGGACCCAUUGCAGUGAAGCAAUAUCCCAUGAGUAAGGAAGCCAGAGAUGGAAUUCGACCACAUAUUCAAAGACUCCUUAAGCAAGGAAUACUAGUUCCUUGUCGGUCCUCAUGGGAUACCCCGCUGCUACCAGUCAAAAAGCCAGGUGGAGAUUAUCGACCGGUCCAGGAUUUAAGGGAGGUCAACAAGCGAAUACAGGAUAUACACCCCACCGUACCUAACCCAUACAAUUUGCUGAGCUCCCUCCCCCCAGAAAGGAUGUGGUACACUGUGUUGGACUUAAAGGAUGCCUUUUUCUGUCUGAGACUACACCCUUCCAGCCAACCUAUCUUUGCCUUUGAGUGGAGAGACCCCGAGACUGGAAAGAGUGGCCAGUUAACUUGGACACGGCUGCCCCAAGGUUUCAAGAAUUCACCUACCCUGUUUGAUGAAGCCCUCCAUAGAGACCUGGCCCCCUUCCGAGCAGCCAAUCCACAGGUAACUCUUCUUCAGUACAUUGAUGAUCUUUUGAUGGCCGGAGCUACCAAAGAGGUAUGUCUGGAGGGGACCCAGAGGCUGUUAACAGAACUGGCCCGAUUAGGGUACCGGGCCUCUGCAAAAAAGGCUCAGCUCUGCAAACAGGAGGUGACAUACCUCGGGUACAGCCUCAAGGAGGGUCAACGCUGGCUGACGGAGGCCAGAAAGAAAACUGUGACUCAGAUACCCGUUCCCACCAGCCCGAGACAGGUUCGGGAGUUUUUGGGAACAGCUGGAUUCUGUCGGCUGUGGAUCCCUGGUUUUGCCACCAUAGCCGCCCCCCUCUAUCCUCUGACCAGAGAACAGGCCAAUUUCCAGUGGAAAAUAGAACACCAAGAAGCUUUUGAUGCCAUAAAAAAGGCUCUCUUGUCAGCCCCGGCCUUAGCUCUCCCUGAUGUGACUAAGCCUUUCACCCUCUACAUUGAUGAAAGAGCGGGAGUAGCCCGGGGGGUCCUUACCCAAACCUUGGGCCCCUGGAGAAGGCCGGUGGCAUACCUUUCAAAAAAACUGGAUCCAGUUGCCAGUGGGUGGCCAGCCUGUCUACGUAUCAUAGCAGCUGUGGCUUUAUUGAUAAAAGAUGCUGACAAACUGACUUUGGGCCAAAAAGUGACUGUGAUAGCUCCCCAUGCCCUUGAAAGCAUCGUCAGACAGCCUCCCGAGCGCUGGAUGACAAACGCCCGGAUGACCCACUACCAGAGCUUGCUUCUUAAUGGUCGAGUAGUGUUCGCACCCCCUGCCAUCCUCAACCCUGCCACGCUGCUCCCUAAAACAUCUGAUUCCUUGGUCGUACACAACUGCGCUGACAUCUUAGCAGAAGAGACUGGCGUGAGGAAGGAUCUCACUGACCAACCGCUGCAAAACGCCAGGACAUGGUUCACGGAUGGGAGCAGCUUCGUGGUAGAGGGUAAGAGAAUGGCUGGAGCAGCUGUAGUAGAUGGGAAAUGUGGAGAAAUUGUAUGGGCAAGUAGCUUGCCAGAGGGAACUUCGGCUCAGAAGGCUGAGUUAAUAGCCUUAACCCAGGCCUUAAGAUUGGCAGAAGGGAAAUCAGUAAAUAUAUAUACUGACAGCAGGUAUGCCUUUGCCACAGCCCAUGUGCAUGGAGCAAUCUAUAGACAACGAGGACUGCUAACCUCGGCAGGAAAAGAUAUUAGGAACAAAGAGGAGAUCCUCAGCCUACUAGAGGCUUUACAUCUGCCCAAGAGAUUAGCAAUAAUACACUGCCCAGGGCACCAGAAGGCCACUGAUCCCAUAGCAAAGGGGAACCAACUGGCUGACAGUGCCGCCAAAAGGGCUACACAGGGACCUAUGAUUCUGGCCCUGACUGAUUGUUAUAAGAGGAACCCCCAAACCACUAACUUUACCUACUCUCAAGAAGACCUGAAAGAGAUGGACAGAUUGGGGUACACCUCAGAGUCACCCUAUGGGGUGAGAGAGACAAAAGAUGGGAAAAACAUCCUGCCUAAAAAGGAAGCCCUAAAAUAUGUGCAACAGCUCCACAAACUUACUCAUCUCGGGGUAAAACAUCUCAGGAGGCUGAUAGAGUCGUCUCCCUAUCAUGUUCUGAAUUUAACAGAAGUAUUGAACUCAGUAGUGAAACAGUGUAUACCUUGCCAACUGACUAAUGCAGGAUCUUCAAGGUUGCCAUCAGGCAAAAGGCUCCGAGGAGAUAGGCCUGGGGCCUACUGGGAAGUGGACUUUACAGAAAUCAAACCAGCUAAAUAUGGAAAUAAGUACCUCCUAGUUUUUGUAGAUACCUUCUCAGGAUGGGUGGAGGCUUUUCCUGUCAGGACUGAGACUGCCCAGGUGGUGGCUAAGAAGAUCUUGGAAGAAAUCUUUCCCAGGUUCGGGAUCCCCAAGGUAAUAGGCUCUGACAAUGGCCCUGCCUUCGUUGCCCAGGUAAGUCAGGGACUGGCCAAGACAAUGGGGUUUGAUUGGAAAUUACAUUGUGCUUACAGACCCCAAAGCUCAGGACAGGUAGAGAGGAUGAAUAGAACACUAAAAGAGACCUUAACUAAAUUGGCUUUGGAGACCGGCGGAAAAGACUGGAUAUCUCUCCUACCUUUUGCUUUGUUCCGAGUACGGAACACUCCUGGGAGGUUUGGGCUUACUCCAUUUGAACUUCUCUGUGGCAGCCCACCUCCUCUCACUGAGGCGGGGGGAAUACAUGACCCUGAUGCUCCCUUUUCUCAACCCCUCUAUGCUAGACUCAAAGCUCUUGAGUUGGUCCGUCAGCAGGCGUGGAAGCAGCUCCAGGAGGCAUACACCACCUCGGAUACUUUGGUGCCUCAUCAGUUCCAAGUUGGAGACGCUGUUUAUGUCCGACGCCACCGGACUGGGAAUCUAGAGCCUCGCUGGAAAGGACCUUAUCUGGUACUGCUGACCACACCUACGGCUGUCAAAGUAGAAGGAAUCCCCGCCUGGAUCCAUGCGUCCCAUGUCAAGAAAGCCCAGGCUCCAGACCCUCAGGAAUGGAGGGUGGAAAGGACUGCUAAUCCUUUUAAACUUAGGGUGGUGCGUACAAUGGGCAGAGGGGAUCCCUUAUAA